AUGGCAGCCACGGUGGCGGUACCCGUCACCCAUGCAGACCACGAAGCCGACCACUGCGCGAGCGACGAAGAGAGCCGUGCGGCCGAGGCGCCAGAGGAGCAGCAGGCGACUGGCCCCGCGGCCACCGUAGGCCACAACCGGCUGUCCAAGCUACCCCUGACCCGCAUCAAGGCCUUGAUGAAGACCGACCCAGACGUGUCCCUCGCCAGCCAGGAGUCUGUCUUUAUCAUCGCUAAAGCCACGGAAUUGUUUGUUGAAAUGAUCGCAAAGGACGCAAUGGUAUAUGCACAGCAGGGGAAGAGAAAGACAUUGCAAAGAAAAGACCUGGACAACGCAAUUGAGGCCAUUGACGAAUUUGCAUUUCUGGAAGGCGCGCUCGAUUGAAUGGUACUCCAGCAGAUGAAAACACCAAAUCAAAACCAUCCAAUAAACUUUUUUCAUUUUUAUGGACGUGAUACAAUGUGAAAAUCUCUGCUCUGUUUUUUCAGAAUUUCAAUAUUUAUGUCUGGUGUUCUACAAAGUGUUUGUGAUGCAGAAAUGUCAUUCUUUACAUUUGUGUGGCCAUUACAGGUGUACAUUAGUUUGUAUAUAUUGAUGAAAUGUUGCUAUCCUGUGAAAUAAAUGAAAGUUCCUGACUA